AUGGUGGCUGUGAAGAAACUAUCAAACACGUCUGGUAUUCAUGAGAAUAAAUUCCAGGAAGAGGUUAAAUGCCUGAUAAAGGCCAAGCACAAGAAUAUUGUACAGUUUCUGGGGUAUUGCGUUGACACGCAAGGUAAAAUGGAAGAGUAUGAUGGUAGUCUUGUCAUGGCUGAUGAACGGAAUAUGUUGCUCUGUUUUGAGUAUGUAUGCAACGGGAGUCUCGAUAAGCACAUUACUGGUGUGUCUAAUGGACUUAACUGGAGGCAGCGGUAUCAAAUAAUUAGGGGGAUAUGUGAGGGUUUACUUUUCCUCCAUGAGAAGCGAAUUAUUCACUUAGACCUCAAGCCCGCUAAUAUAUUGCUAGAUGGUCAUAUGGUACCCAAAAUUGCUGAUUUUGGUCUAUCAAGAUGCCUCGGUCAAGUGCAAACCCGUGCUAUUACUCAAAAUAUAUGCGGAACAUCUUGA